CAGGCCGGGGGUGAAGUGAUUCACUGUAUGGAGGGAGAGAGGAGUUUUACACCUCUGCACCAUUUCCUUUCUCGUCUGUUUUUCUUUUGUCGGCGUCUUGAUCUGAUUUGUGCCGUCUGUUCUCCUCUUGUCUUUCCUGUUCCUCUACCUGUUGUUCACUGUCACUGUGAUGGAUCUCAGGAUUGUUUUUAUCAUCUCAAGUCUUUUAGUCAUCACUGCUGUAUCAAACAAAACAACAGCUCAGCCGGUUUCUGCACCCACUCCGACCAACAGCACCAGUGAGAGGUGUUCCUGCCCCAGUGCUACUCCAGCAGCCCCUGCUGACUCCCCCACCCCCCCCCGCCCCCCUGCACCUGCCCUGGACCUCCCCACAAUCGACUGGAAAAGUAAAUGUGGCGGACACGUUAAGCUGAUACGCAUUUAUCCCUCCAACUCCUCCUCGCCGGUCUGUCACAGCAGUGAAAACCACAUCCGGAGGGUUUUGGGAAAUGUGUGUGUGAACCGGAAAGGUUGUAACGACACCACACGACCCUGGGUCAAGGGUGCUGAGACGGACGAGAUUAGUUAUGACAUCACAGACAGUGGAGCGAAGGAGACGAACCGCUGCAUGGCGCUAAAUGUCCGAUGCACAGCUGAGGUCCUCCCAGAUGUGCAGGGGCAGCUGCAGGCCUACAAAGUGGUGACAGCUUUGCUCUGCUGCGUGCUGCUGCUCCUGUUACUGAUCCGCUUCACCAGACCCACCGUCAAAGCCCUGCAGAAGAGACUAUCAGACAGGAGGCAGAAUCGCUGGAUUGGACCUACACAGAGUCAUAGCGUGUCUUACCAUCGUGGAAAAAGUGCAGUUAAAAACAAUGAUGCAGAGAAGAGAGUGUCCUACCCUGCUCUGGAGCGACUGGCAGUCAGUGACAGCAGGGAGCCUUCAUCCAACAGGAACAGUGAUUACAACUUCUGACAUGUGUGUUCUUCCUGUAUCAUCAUCAUCAUCAUCAUCAUCAUCAUCAUCAUCAUCAUCAUCAUAAGGGCUAAACAAGUUUCUGGAUUUAAUCUUUGAGAGUAAACAAGCUUGGAAAUGACACCAGAGCAAUUUAUAACAACCUGAGUUAUGUAUCAACUGGACGGUUCACCCCCAAAUCAAAAUUACAUAUUUUUCUUCUUACCUGUAAUGCUAUUUAUUGCUAGAUUAUUCUGGUGUCAGUUUUUGGGUGUUUAAGAUAUUUGCUAUAAAUCUAUAAGCUGUAUAUAAAGACAACAUGACCGUUCCCCCGAAGUGUAACAUUUCAAUCUCGAUCGCCCCCUGGUGUCUGUCUGCGGUAUAGGUCAUAAAACCCGCCCCUCCAUGUUAGUGAAUGAAUAUGGGCUGAACAGAAAACUCCAAGUACACGUCAAAUACAUUUUUCCCAAAGGUGGUUUCUGUCAUUGAGGGUAGUUCUCGUCACCCUGAUGUUUGUUCAAGUUUUUAUUUUAUUUUUUUAAGGGUAUUAUUUGGGCUUUUUUGCAUUGAUUUGAUGAUAAAGUUCAAGAGUGAAUGAAGGAGAGAAAGGGGAUGAUAUACAGCAAAGGGCUGGGGCCGGAAUUGAACCCACGGCUGCUGCAGUGAAGCUGUACACUCUGUACAUGGGGUGCCCUCUCUACCAACAGAGCUACUAGACGCCCCGAUAAGUUCAGUUUUACUGAGUUAUUAAAUUGUACAGAAAGGAGAUUUUACGCCAUGGCUGACAAUUGUGACAGCCAAUCGAAGCACUCGCGUUCAAAGUGUCUGCUUGUGACUGGUCAGACGGGUGUUUUGCCAGGAACUCCCCCACCGCGUAUGUCGCCACUGCGCAGACUCCAGCUCCGAAUUACUUCACCAGUGCAAGAUGGCAGAGCCUGUAUCCUGGAUAUUUUAGCUUCAAUUAAGCAUAGUGGGGGUAAAUGGGGACGUGUCGUCAGUCUUUAUAUACAGUCUAUGGUAUGACCACACAAAAGGAGGCAUUCAUCAACUAAUAGCUCAUUUAGCACCAUUUAGAUAGUUAAUAUACAUCUUAGCCAAGGAGGAGGAUACCAGAGUGCAGUUUGGUAGACAAAAUAGUUCCAACAUGAAACCGCUCACAACAGCAUCUGUGGAUUAUCUUGAUUUACCGGGUCACAAUUUCUGGAAAGAGACGUUACUGUAGAGUUUUACUUAUACCUCAAGCCGAGUGUCAUCAUUUCCCAUUAUACUGGAAAGAAGGCAGACAUCUCUAUGGCUGAUAUCUUAAACAUCACAAAUCACACUUAACGAUGUAGACUGAUAUAUAGAACUACAUGUAAGAGGAAAAAUAUGUGUUUUUGUUUGGGGUUUUUUUUGUUUUAACUCUUUCUUUAGGAUAUGCUGUUGUAAUGGAACUUUACAGUAUUUUGGGAAAUCACUCAACACUUUGUACAUGGUGUUCAUACAUUCAUGUUUCAGCAAUUAGCAUUGGAGUUACUCCUUUAAUGACAGCUGGCACAGCAGAGAGUGCUGUGACUGCAGCUCAGAAAGUCCUGAAUGGUUUUGCCAGUCUUGCGCUCCGUCCGAGUGCCAGUUGGAUAUAUUGGUGACGAAUUUGUUUGCUAAUUUGCUACAACAUCAAAUAGCUUGGAAGUUGUAAGAAGAUUUUUUUUUACAACUUUACUAACUGUUUCCUUAUUCCAGUCUUAGUUUUUAGCUAGACUUUACACAUUCUGUAUCUAACUGUGAACUACACACACAAAAAAAAGAUAAAACUGAGAAACUCAUUAAGUUUUUAAAAUGCUGGAAUAUUCCUUUAAUUGUUAAAACAUUGAUAUAAAAAAAAACACUGACAAUAUUGAUUCAAAACAUUUAAUUCACUGAAAUUGUAACGUAAGUUUUGUUCCUUUUGUUAUUUGUGAUUAAUAUUGUGAACUUUUUGUUUUCAGUAAAAUGAUCUAAGUCGUU